AUGAACAGCUGACCCUCCCGCAGUGGAUAAAUCUGUCACUAUGGUCACCAAGUCAUGACUUCUCCUUCCCCUGAUGGCACUAUGUGAAUAGUUACUGAAGAAAAAGACAAAGGAGAAACAAUCAAAGGAAAAUAGUGUGGAAGGAUCUUUUUUUCCUUUUCUUUUUUCUUUUUUUUAUUUCUUGGAAAGUUAUUUUUUCCUCCGUUAUUUGGACCCUUUGAUCAUCAGUCCGACAGACACACAGAGAGACAGACAGACAGACACACAGACAGAAAAAGCCCCGAGCCUCCACCUGCCGCCUCCUCCUCUGAGCUCCAACACGGUCAAUUAUGUUAUUGCCAAGUUUUGUUCUUUUUACCUUUUCUCACUUUUUGCUGCUUCUGUUUCUCUGCCAUCUGCCUCAAGCCUCCGCACAGAAACCGACCGGUCCACGGUGGCUGAUCGGAGACAGGGACAGCCACUGUGGGAUCAUCUGCUCGCGCUCGCAGGGGAAGCCGGUGUGUGGCUCGGACGGCCGGAGCUAUGAUACCGGCUGUGAGCUGCAGAGGGCGCGCUGCAAAAAUCGGACCCUGACGCUGGCGCACCGCGGCCGCUGCCGAGGUAAAAACUGGGUGAGGAUCGAUCAGCCGCCAGUAGCUCCGGCUCCGACGUCGUCCUCUGAGGGGAGGGACCUGGAGCUGAAAGAUGCAGGUCAGUCGAAGUGCCGCGUCGAGAGGAGCCAGGCUCUGGAACAAGCCAAGAGACCCCAGGAGUCCAUGUUCAUCCCAGAAUGCAACGAGGACGGGACGUUUGCCCAGGUCCAAUGUCACACUCUGACGGGUUACUGCUGGUGCGUCACCACCGAUGGGAAGCCAGUGAGCGGCUCCUCGGUGCACAACAGGACCCCAGUGUGUUCAGGGUCAGUAACCGAUAAACCGCCUGGGCCGCCGAACUCUGGCAGAAAAGACGAUGGCUCCAAGCCCACGCCCACCAUGGAGACUCACGUCCUCCCUGAGGGUGAUGAGAUCACCGCUCCCACGCUGUGGAUCAAGCAGCUGGUUUACAAGGAGAAUAAGCAGAACAACUCCACAUCCAGGAGGCAAGAGAAAGUUCCCUCUUGUGACCAGGAGAGACAAAGCGCUCUGGACGAGGCUCGGCAGAACCCCCGAGAGGCCAUCUUCAUCCCCGACUGCGGCCCCGGUGGUCUUUACAAGCCGGUCCAGUGCCACCAGUCCACAGGCUACUGCUGGUGUGUUCUGGUGGACACGGGACGGCCCAUUCCUGGAACCUCCACCAGGUACCAGACGCCGGAGUGUGACGGUGCCGCUCGCUCUCGCGUCUCAGACACAGAAGAUCCCUUUCAAGGCCGAGACCUGACAGGCUGCCCCGAGGGGAAGAAAGUGGAAUUCAUUACAAGCUUGUUAGAUGCCCUCACCACAGACAUGGUGCAAGCCAUAAACUCACCAGCCCCCUCUGGUGGUGGGAGGUUUGUGGAGCCCGAUCCCAGUCACACCUUAGAGGAGCGGGUGGUGCACUGGUACUUCGCCCAGCUGGAUAACAACGGCAGCCACGACAUCAACAAGAAGGAGCUCAAGCCGUUCAAGAGGUACCUGAAGAAGAAAGCCAAACCCAAGAAAUGCGCCCGCAAGUUCACCGACUACUGUGACCUGAACAAGGACAGGGCCAUUUCCCUGCAGGAGCUGAAAGGCUGUCUGGGCGUCAGCAAGGAGGGUAGUUCUACAAGCAGUGGCAACCAAGGGACAAGGCAAGGGACAAAUUUGUUCAUAGGUCGUCUGGUGUGAGAAGAGAAGCUUCCAGAAGCUGAGACGAGAGCAGAGGGCACAGAGGGAAGGCAUCUGUACGCUUGCUGACAGGAAAGAGAAAGAUGGAGCAGAAAAAUUAAGAAGUUCCUGAGUUCCUGAGUUUAAAAAAAAAAAAAAAAAGGAGAGAAAAACAAGAAAAGAAUACGAAGCGGCGCCAAAAUAUUUGCACUUUCUCCUCCCAAUGUUUGACUUUUUAUCUGUUUGUACAUGUGUUUUUGAUGAUGUUUUUUUUUUUUUUCUUUUGAUGUGACUGAAAAGAUCUAGACAAGAAUGAGAAUACGUAACUAUGUGUAAGAGAUGACUGACUCACCACUGGAACAGCACGUAUGUGUAUGUUAUCACAUUUCCCUGUGUGUUCACUCUGCUGUUGUGUCCUCCAGUAACAAGAACAGGCACUAGUGAUCAGCAUUUUGUGGCUAUUAACUAAUUCUUUGCAUUGCCCCUGUUAAACAUAGCCUCGUGUAUAGAGAGGAGCUGCAGAGGCCUGAAUGUCCCUCGAUACACUUCCCGUAGAGAAACACACACUUUCCUAAUGCAUUGUGUUUGAUACCCGUAUAGGAAGACCAGUUCAAAUGAAUGUGUAACUAUGCGCGAGAUGCAGUAGUUGCAGUGUGAUGUGAAUGAAGCUGUGAGCGUUGAGUCUAAAAUGAUCAGCAGAGAGUUAGCUGUAUGAAUCCCCUUGCACUGUUCACAACGGUAUAGAAACAUUAACGCUUCGGCUUCGGAGACAAAUGAAUCGUUGCAAGUGGAGAGAGUUUCUGUCUCCAAAACACACCAGUGUUGGGGAAAGUUAGCUCUAAAAAAAUCAUUAGUUACUUUACAUCCUUAACAUUCAGUUUCUUAGGCGAAUUUGGCAUAACCCACUUCAAAAACAUGCAGUGGUAAUGUGGCUUGUGUUGCCGAUGUGUUUUAAAAUGCAAUGCAAGACCAUGGGCUAGUUUUAUUGUCAGCAUGUUGUCUGCACAGGAUGCAGAGGGAUUUUUACAAGUACAAACAAAUCACAUGAACUUACCAGUCACCAAAAAGAUUGAAGUUAGUACUCUAAUACAUUUCAAAAUAACACAUCGCCCCCAACACUGGUACAAACACAACUGUACUUUCCACCGUUGCUUGUGAAAAAUCUCAGCAUGCUACGCAAACAUACAAGAUCAUAUUCUGACCAUAAUGUAGUCCUUCAUGUGUCAUGUUGUUCUGCGUGAAUCAUGAAUUAAUUGCAAGUCAAAGUAUAAAUCGUUACAAAUUCAGAGGAUUUUGGCUCUGAAAAGCGGCUUGAGAUGAGAGUUUUGAAAGCCGAAAUCGCAUCCCAUGUUAAAUCUGCAGUAGGAAAGUGGAGUAAGCACAAAAUUUGACAUUUGAGUCGCCACGGUUCUCAUCGUCCACCCAACUCACCCAUACUGUAUUGCAGUUUAUGCGGCAAAUGCAGUAUUCGGCGGAAUACUCACAAUAUGAUUAUUCGUCAGCAUCGUGCCGCCCUGCUUGUUGCCUCUCUGACCUCUGUGUACUAAACAACCUGCUGUGCAGAUCAACUUGAGCUCUGUGUGAUUCAGACAAGGCUUGGCAGUCUGUGUUAACUCACUCCUGACUAUUUCACAGCAGGGUUAUAUGAGUGUGUUUACAUGCACGUCAUAUUCCAGUACAAAGCAUCAUGCGUACAUCCUGUUUAAGGUCAUAUCCCAUUCACUAAGCACAAUUAAUAGAUCUACAUUAACACAUUAAUUCGAAAAAUAUAGAGAUAUAAACAACAUUUCUUAUACUAACAUGCACACAGAUGACAAAAACUAGUCAGUAUAAUGGAGUAAAGGGCUCAGUAUCAGUAUUCCAGCAGUUUUUUUUUUUUUUUUUCCAGUAAUUUUAAACAAGAUGUGGCAUUGAAUGUCAGCUCCUGGAAUAAAUAUUUGAGUCUGCCCGGUAAUAUCAGAAUACACUUAUGCAUGUAAACACAUUCAUUGCACUGUAUGUCUUCCAGCAGAUGAUGUCAGCCCUACUCUGUAAAACACUUACCACCACAUGGACUUGGAUCUGUGCCACCUUAUUUAAGACAAUGCAAGAAAGUCUUUGUUAAAAUACUCCCUUAGGGCGUCCUAUUAAUAGGAAAAUGACUGAGCAGAGGGGGGAAACUCGAGAAAAAGACCAUAUGUAUGAGUUUUGAACAAUGAAAUAACAAUGUAAUAAUCCCUCCCUCACACGUGGAAGCUAUUCCCUCCUUAAAUUGGAAAGACGCGAGUUAUUGUGGUUUGAAUGUUUGUGUAUUUGUUUUGUUUUGUGUAUUUCUUUGCAUAUCCCCGAGAGUCACUGCAGUGGCUCGCGAAAGUAAGGAAACAAGGCUCCCAUUGUAAAUAUGUAUAAUAACUUUGUUUGUUUUGUUUGUUUUGUUUGUUUGACCAUAUUUCAUUGUCGGGGCUUGGGUGUGUUCACGUACUUUCUAAAAGCAGUUCCAUCCUCAUUCUAGUUAAUGCAGAAAAAUAUAAACUCUCCACUGUCUUUGCAUCAUGUCGGACAUUAGACUAUUACAGCAGCUAAUUUACUGCAUCACAGGCAAGGCAAGGCAUGUUUAUUUAUAAAGCACCUUUCAGACACAAGGUAAUUCAAAAGGCUUUACUGAAGCAGAAAAAUACAUUCAUUUAAAAGAAAAUUAAAAAUAGAAACGAAUGCAAAACAAGCAAGUAAAUAGUUAAAAGUUAAAAAGAGGUGAAGUAUUUAAUUUAUUGGAAAGCCACAGUGAACAAUAAUGUUUUAAGCCUGGAUUUAAAUGAGCUGAGAGUUUUAGCAGACCUCAGGGAUUCGGGAAACUUGUUCCACAGGUGGGCAGCACAGAAAAGAAAUGCUGCUUCACCUUGCUUGGUUUUGAUCCUGGGAACUCCGAAUAAACCGGUCCCGGAUGACCUGAGGGGUCUGGAUGCUUCGUAACGUACAAAUAAAUCAGAGAUGUAUUUUAAAAAAAAACCACACACAUAGUCCGAACUGUGUUAUCAACUCUGGACACUGUUUGUUUUACCUUGGAGGUUUUAUUGAACCUUUUUCUUUUAGCUUUUUUGAUUCCUGUCAUCAUCACUGCAGAAUCAACUCGGCUCUGUACACCUGGUGCUUAAUCUAGCAGGAUCACAGGUCCAAUAGCAUCUAAUUUGAACUGGAUUGAUUUGCCAAGAUUGAGGAAAAGAAACGUUUCUUUCCUGAAGGGCUUUUUCCCGUCUCCUGUGUGCCUGUUUGUGUCAAGGUCUGAACACUGGGCCUGUGUGUCUGUCUGCUGAAGUGCUUCCAGAUCCUGCGGGGCUGCAGAUCACAUGCAACAUCUAAAAUAACCCAACAGGCCAGUAAUCACCGCUAAUCAGGACAGGGGAUUCAUAGUGGAGGAAGUUUUUCAGAUUUGCUGUCAGUCUGACAGGAGGAGAGGGAGGCCCGGGUUGUCUGCUCCUCACUGCUCCCUUUUCAAGACCCAAAGAGGCUUAACAAGACAGCCUCAACUUGUUUUACUGCUAUUUCUUCUCCCUAAUGUGUUAGAAAAAUGAAAUCUGCUGCAAAACAAAUCAGUUAAAUGACUGAAAUUGAGGUGAAAUUGAUGCAAGUUACAGUACUUACUUAAUAUCCAGCACACUGGAGGUGGGAAAAACAACAGGAAGACCAUUAAGACAAACCAGACUGAGCAAGAAAAUGGACCACUAGCUAGUGAGCAGCUAGCAAUCUACUUAGGCUUUUUCUGUGUGUAAAUAAUAAAUAUAAUAUUCCUAAUUGUCAUAUGUGCCUCAGCACCGCUGCAGGACGUGGCUGAGCUGAGGGUCCACUCCAUGUUCCCUGGCUGCUUGCUCCCUCAAUCCUUAUGUAGGUUCCCCCAACAUAAAAAAGGAGGAAUUUACACACUGUACCUGUGUUUUGUUACAAUAAAAAUAAUAAUCUGAUAGUACAUGCUCAGUAAAUCAUAUUUGAAAAUGGUGCAUGGAAAAAAAAAUACAUUGAGGGAGUAUAGGGCCCUGGGAACAUUGGAAAUUGGAAACACAGAUACACACCAUUCAUUCAUUCAUUCAUUCAUUCAUUCAUUCAUUCAUACACUCCCAUGGGGCUGUACAGGACUUGCUUUUCUGGUAGUUUCCCAUCCCAAAGUGGGGAGGAGGAGGCGGAGCUCCACGCUGACCCCUAAUGGUGAAGAUGGCUCACUGCUUUUAGAAAUGGUCCCUCUGAAACACCAAGCGUCUAGUUCACACAGUACCUUGUUAGCCAGGUAUGCUCUAUAACACAAGGAGUUUACACACACACACACACACACACACACACACACACUAUACUUUCAACCAAGCCAAUUGA